AUUAUUCUUGUACGUUUUGGGUCAGCGGCUUUAAGGCAACUUUCUCCCCCGUUGUUUUCCGUGCUAUGCGUUGCUUCGUUCUUUCGCCUCCAGUGUUCCCGCUCAUCGGUCGCUGCCAGUCCGUGUGCUGAUCCCGCGGGGUCGUCCUAGUGUCUUUUUUCUUUCAACCUCUUUCAGCCAGUCCCCUUCCGCGCGUGGUAACCAGGUCCUGUCGAUAGUCGGAGCGUAUCAGAGCGCAGUGCGAGUCGCUUCGAAUCCAUGGCGCGAAAUUCGCUCGCGACGGUCUUCGUAGCGAAUUUGGACCCGCAGGUGGACGAUCGGAUUCUGUACGAUUUGAUGCAGCAGGCGGGGCCUCUGGUGGAUCUGCACAUGCCGCGGGACAAGGCGUCAGGGCAGCACCGGGGGUACGGGUUCGCGGAGUAUGAGACGGAGGAGAGCGCACAGUAUGCUGUGAAGCUCUUUUCCGGGCUCGUCAGGCUCUUCAACCGCCAGCUGAGGUUCCAGAUAUCAAACUCUGGAGCGAAACCCGCAGCUGCAACGGAGGACCCUGCUGCCACAGGCAAUGGCAUGGCUACGGCCAAUGGCGCCGCCCCACUCACCACCUCACUCUCCUCAUACGACCAGCAGCAGCAGGACCUUCUGCGAUGGCAGCUGCAGCAGCAGCAAGCAGGCUUAUUGUAUCAGCACAGUCGUGGUGUCCUGCCGUUGAACUAUUCUUGGCCUCAAAACCAGCUGCAAGCGCAUUCUCAGGCGGCUUCUAUGCUCCAUUAUCUGCGAGCUCCUGGCAGGCAUUUCGGUUAGUGAAGUACAGCAGAUUGUUGAAGUGCUUUGUUAACCCAUCUGAAAUAAAUAUGAGAAGUAACCACUUCUAGUUGCUAAGAGUGUUUUUUCGGGUAUU